GAGAAAGUAUUGUAAACGCCUCCUACUAUAUAAUCCACUGAUGUUAUCUGAAUUGCUUUGCCGCAUCUCGGUUGAAGACUAUAUUCGCUGUUGCUUUUGAUUUAUUACUUAUGAGUUGUUGUUUUUUUUUUUUGUUGUUGUUGUUUUUAAUAAAGCGAAACCAUUUCAAUGGUGAUUCGUUGAAAUCUCUCUUAAAACAAGACUCGGAGUGAUUGAUUAAUGGUGACCUAUUAUCUGAACCUGAAAACAUCCCAGACCCACUGAACUGCCCGGGUACCGUCGUAGGAUUUCUGAAACCACUAGCGACAUCUCCCAAUCAAAGAGAAAUCUUCAGAGAUGGGGAGCAAUAAGUCAGUUCUAACAAAAAAUGGAUACUCAUUAGUGAGUGAACAAGACAAUAAAAUGCUGGUGAAAAAUAAGUUUGGUGAUCAGUUUGUCAUCAAAAAGCUGAAUGCUAACCAGGGCAAUGUAUCACAAUUUCUCCAAAACAUCAAUCAUCCACACAUAGUCGAACAUAAGGAAAUCAUCCCAGAUCGUCGCUGUCUGUAUCUUGUAAUGGAGCACUGUGAGGGUGGAGAUCUACCUCAGAUAAUCAAAAUCAAAAAGAAAGCAACUGAGGAGAUGAGAACACAAGGAUACCAAAUAGAGGGAGUAAACGCAGUCAACCAGCAAUGGGCUGAACAGGUUCUGGACUGGACUGUGGAGCUCUGCAUGGCAUUAAAACACCUGCAUGAUCAACAGAUCCUACAUAAAAAUCUGCAGCCAAAGAACAUAUUUUUCACUGCAUGUGGAACCAUUCGCCUUGGAGAGUUUGAAAAGAUUCAUGAAUGGUCCACUGAUGCACAAACAUCAGAAACUGAAGCUCUUUUAUACGUUGCACCUGAGAUUUUGAGAGGCAAAUCUUACGAUGAGAAAUCAGAAAUCUGGAGUCUUGGCUGUAUCAUCUAUGAGAUGUGUAUGCUGAAGUGUGCUUUUGUAGGAACAAGCACAGUUGAUAUUAUUCCAAAGAUACUAAGAAGCUCCUAUGAAGCGCUUCCUGUGAACUUCUCUCAGAACCUUCGUCAGCUGGUAACAGACACACUUCAGACUGAUCCAGCGAACCGCCCGUCUGUCAGUGAGAUCUUGAUGAGGCCUUUUAUCAUUGAACACCUUUAUGACAAGAGCACACAAACUAUUAAAGAGCUUAAUGUGCGUAAAACGUAUGAAGACAGUCAAGAGACACCUAAUGAGCCUGAAAGUCAAGAGUCAUCUAAUGAGUCUGAACAUCAGGAGACAACCAAUGAGUCUAAAGUCAGUCUAAAGGUACUGGAAGAGCUGGCUGAUGGUUUGGAGAGAGUCCACUUCAACACAACUGUAGGCAGUCUCACAGGAGGUGUUGUAGGAUUGGCUGGAGGAAUCACCUCUAUAGUUGGACUUAUCCUCACUCCGUUCACUCUCGGAGCUUCUCUGAUAGUAACAGGAGUGGGAAUCGGUGUUGCAGUAGCUGGUGGAGUAACAGCUGGUGUAAGCAACGUAACAAAGAUGGUUAACCAGCGUUCAAACCGCCAAAAGAUCAAAAUGCUCAUUACGGAGCUAAAAGAAAAAAUUACCUCCACAAGCUGCUGCGUGCAAAACAUCCAAAUAGCAGUGGAAAUGCAACAAAGAGAGAUAUCUAGAAGCAAUCAAUCAUGGUCCAUUGCACAGUCUGGGGAAGAUGUGUGGGCAAAUGCUGGAGCUCGACUGGGGCGAGGACUGGGAGGGAUUUCAGAGCUUGUCCGUAUAACUGAAGUCGCAAGUGUUGGGAAAGUUGCAGCUCAGACCGCAAGAGCUGUGCGUGUGGCUGAAGCAGCUACAGGGGUUCUGUCUGGACUUUUUGUAGCUGUUGACAUCUUCUUUAUUGCCCUCGACGCCAGAGAAAUUCACAAACUCCGCAAAGAUUAUGCUUCAAUGGCGAUUCAACAAGAUGAUUCCUCCAAUAAUAAUGAGCAAGAGCUGCAGUCUGAGAUCAUGAUAUUUGUGAAAAAAAUAAGGGUAACUGUAGAGGAGCUAAACAAUAAUCUUAAUGAAUUAAAAAAUGAACUGGAAGAACUAAGCAUUCUGAUACCAAACUAAGAAUUACAAGAAUGGCAGUCUAUAAUACUCAGUAUACUCUUUCAUCAUAGAUAAAGUAUAUGUACUGAUUAUAGUAGCAGCACAUGUAAUGGUUGAGCAUAUAUUCUGGGUUUUUAUGAUGUAAUUUCUAGUUUGGUUGUUGCUCAGAGAUAUUUUUUUCUAGAAGAAAUUAGAGAAGCAUUUAUCUCACUGCUCUUCCAGUGGUCUUGUAAUUUUAAUUAUGUUCGAAAUGCAUAUUGGGCCUUUUUCUAUUUAGAAUAUUAAGUUAUUCUAUCUUUGUUUCCUCUAUGUUUUUAAAACUAUAAAAAUGGAAAACAUGAGCUUGUUGUGUAUACCAGUCAUUGUGUCUGUCUUUUUUAUUUAUUUAUUUUUUUCUGCAGAUUAACUGCAAUCUGCAAUGUAAAUUUUCAGGAAAAUGUCAACUGAUUUGCCAUUAAAAUGAAUGAUCAAUUAAAGCAUUAAUGAGAAGACUUUAGGCUGUGUUUAGUUAUUCAAUAAACAGUUAAUUUACUA